AUGCAAUUAUCAAUGACAUAUAUGGCUGACAAGAAUUUUGGUAAUGGACAAUAUCAAAAUGAUAAGAUGGAAAUGUUACAAUUGAAUAUUCCAUGGAGGAAAAUUUUUUCAACAGCUCAACAAAAUCAUUUAACACUUAUCGAUAAUUUGAAGCCAUCAAUGUUAGCAGUGGAGGAAACAUCAAUGCCUAGCUCAAGCAAUCAAACAACAUUAGCUAAUGCUAAAAUUGCUUCAACAUCAGCUAUGAAACUUCAAUAUGUUACUCAACGAAUUAUUGCAGCAUUAUUUCCAUCAGACAGUACGGAUGCUCAAUAUCGAACAGAUCUCAAAGAUGCUACCGUGUUACUCAGACGUAAUCAUUCUGAACACUACAAGAUUUUUAAUUUGUCAAAAAAGCGCAAUGAUCUUGGCCGUUUGCACUCAGUUGUUGAACUUGGCUGGCCUGAAGAAUUAGCACCACCACUUGAUCGACUUUGUUCAAUAUGCAAAUUACUCGAGAAUUGGUUAUCUGAAAAUGCGCAAAAUGUCGUUGUCAUUCAUUGUAAGGGUGGUUGUUCACGAGCGGCUAUUGUUAUUGCUGCAUAUAUGCAUUAUAUUACCAUAUGCUCUAAUGAUGAAUUAAUUGAAAAUCGUUUUGCAUUACAACAAUUUAGUGAAUAUUAUCUUGGACCAAAUGGACAGCCAUCGCAUAAACGAUAUGUCAAAUAUUUUUCAUCACUUCUUUGUGGACGAACAAAAAUUCAACCAGCAACAGUUUACUUACAUAAUAUUAUAUUAACAAAUUUUUUUAAUCGAAAUGUUUUAUUCAAAAUAUAUGAACGUAUGCAACCAGUGCAUACAACAUCACUUAAGGUUGUAGCGGAAAAUAAUACAUUUGAAUUGGAUGACUUACCAUUACGUGGCGAUAUUUUGGUAAAAUGUUUCCAACGUACGAGUACCACUGAACGUGCACUAUUUUUUCGUUGUCAAUUUAACACUUGCACAUUUGAUUUGUCAACAAAUAAUGAAAAUAUCUAUAGAUUACGAUUUUAUCGCGAAGAAUUGGAUAAUAUCUUUAAUGAUUCUGAAGUGAAUUCACAAGCAGUAAUUGAAUUUAUAUUUCUAAUCGAUGCAACAAAAAAUAUCAAAAAUGAUAGUAGUAAUAAUGAUGAUAAUAAUGAUACAAAUGCGGUAAGUGCUGCUAAUGAUGGCGAUGGCGCUAUUAGUAGUUCAAUCAUUCGUAAAUCAAUUGCGGACAAUUCUCGAGCAGAUAGCUAUGAAAAUUUCGAUAAAGAAGAAGAAGAAGAAGAAGAAGCAGCACAAGUAGAAGAGGAAGAAGGAGAAGAAGAUCGAAGUGAGUUCAGUGCAGCAGAAUGUGUCAAUGGUACAGCAUACGUUGAAAUUCAUCGGCCAACCGAUAGUACGGAUUCUGGCCUAGGCUCUGAUUCAGCAAAUAUUAGCAAGGAAAAAAGUGGCAUGCCACCGCUGCCACCACCAAAGCCACGUAUCAACCUGGAAGAAAGAAUGAAUGCUAGCACUGAUCAUUACUACUCAGAACAAACAAGGGGAAAUGAACAAGUAAUAACACGCGCUCAUUCGGUACUUCCAGCGUCCGUUCGAUCAAAUUUAAGCGUACGUGUAGCAAGUCCAGUAGACGAGCAGCACGCAGCAACACCACGUGGUAUUGAACCUGAUUUAGUUGCAAAAGAUAGAUAUGAUCCAGCUAGUAAAUGCUUCUCCUAUGUACCAGCUCGAGCUCUCAGUGAACAUUUUACGGCGCCACGAAAGCCACAACGUCUUAAAAUUGAUGAAACAGCUACAGCAGCAUUAAAUAUUUCACCGUCAGCAUCUGAAAUUGCAAUGGUACCAGUCAAAUCAACCGAUCUGCAACGAUUACCUGAAACACCAAAAUGGGAAGAUGAUAUUGAAAAGAUAACGAACGGUAUUUUCUUUGGUGAUAAUAAUAAAAUAACAGAUAUGAGUGUUACGCCAACUGAUUUCAAUCGUACCGGAAAUGGACCGAUUGCAAAUUCAACACCAAAAACGGAAUUAUCAAAAUUAAAUUAUCCGGUAAAUGAUGAAGAGAAACCUGUCAUUGUGGAGCAAGCAAAGCAUGUGUCAAAACGAAGAAAAACAAAAUAUGAUUCAUAUAAAACAUUAAAUGAUGAUGCUUAUAACAGUGAUUUGGAUGAUCUUUGCGAUCCAGAUUUCUAUCUUACUUAUACAUCACAAGCAACAGUACCGAUUAGAAAUAAUGCAAUUAAUAAAACAGCAGCUACAACAAUAACAGCAACAACAACAACAACAACGGAUGAUGCAGUAGCAAAAAUGAACGAACCUAAUUUGAAAAGUAACGGAAUAUCGGGAAAAAAUAAAAUCUAUCAAAAUCAAUCAAAUUUUGAUGACUAUUUCUUAUCAUCGAAGCCAACAAUUUCGCUUAACAAUGUAAAUCAGAAUCGGGAAGCAUUUCGAAUGCGUAAUUGUCGCUCUGCUACUUCCGCUCCGUUUUAUCGUGAAUCUUCCGAUAAUCGAUUGUUUGCUCACAAUCGUUAUGAUUCAUUGACAGAUGCUGAAAAUGCCGAUGAUUGGUUGAAAUUUCAAUUGAAAAAAUUGAAAGCAAAACGAGAAAACAAUCCGGAAAUGUUACGACGAAAACGACAAGAGAAAUUACUCCUUGAGGAAUUGAAACAUGUAAAUGAUGAUAGACAAAUAAAACGUGAAAAUGACGAACGUACGUAUAGCUUAGAAAGUUAUGGUAAAUCUGUUGAUCCAUUAAUUGAAUAUCGAAUUGAAGAGGAACGCUUACAAAACGUACGUUCACCAUAUCAUGAUAAUGAAGAUGAUAAUCGAAUCAUUGAUGAAAUGACUCAUUAUGCAAAUCGAAAAAUGAAAGAUUUUAACAAUUCGUCAGCUCUACCACCAAAGCCUUCAGAUAUUGUCAAACAUAAGCCACCAACACCACCAUUACGACCUCGUUCACAAAGUCCAUCAUCAAGUCCAUAUUCAAGACGAUAUCGUAUUAGGACACCAUUUCAAGAAUCACAAUAUCAGCGUGAACGAAAUCAAAUUAAUCGUAGUGAUAGCAUUGAACAUGAUAACGGUGAUUUUGAUGAUAACGAAUUUAGCCAUUUGAGAAAUAUUGUAAAAGAGAAUAAUAUUGGCAAUAAUAAUGCACAUGUAGAAUUGAAUUCCUCAACAAAUUCAAUGAAAUCAAUUUUAAAAAAGCGUGAUGUUCAGCAAAAUGGCACAUCAUCACCGUUAAUUAAUCGCACUCCAUCAAAUUCCACUGAGGACUGGUCAUUAGCUCCAUCAUCUAAUCGAUCUGCAACACCAGCAUUUCCGGUACGUCGUGAAACACCGCAACCAUAUCAUCCGCUUUUAUUUGAAGGUGCCAAAGAUGUGAUACCACCAAUGCAACCAGUCAAUAAUAUCACUUAUAGGUCUUCAUCACCACGUUCUAUUUAUUAUGCACAAAGUCAUCGUACAUCAAUUUCUUCAACUGAUUUGGGUGAAGUAAUUCAUCAUCAUCCAUUAUUUGUGAAAAAUACAUCAAAAUACUGGUAUAAGCCAACAAUAUCAAGGGAAGAUGCUGUAAACAUGCUCAGGGAUAAACCACCGGGUACGUUUGUUGUACGGGACAGUAACAGUUUUCCGGGUGCAUUUGGUUUAGCGCUAAAAGUUGCAACACCGCCACCUGGUGUUCAUCCUGGUGAUGGUACCGAAUUGGUACGUCAUUUUCUCAUUGAACCAUCACCAAAAGGUGUCAAAUUAAAAGGUUGUAAUAAUGAACCAGUAUUUGGUACCUUAUCCGCACUUGUAUACCAACAUUCAAUAAUACCACUUGCGCUACCAACUAAAUUAUUGCUACCGGAAUACGAUCCGGCAAAUACACCGGAACAUAUUUCUGCUGCACAACAACUUUUACAACAGGGAGCCGCUUGCAAUGUGACAUAUAUUAUUUCACUGGAUACCGAAUCAUUAACCGGACCGGAAGCUGCUCGACGUUGUAUUGAUCAAACAUUUGAUCUUCUCAAACAAAAAAUGAUUCAACCUGUUUCAGUGCAUUUUAAGGUGUCAUCUCAAGGUAUCACAAUAACGGAUAACACAAGGCGACUUUUCUUUAGGCGACAUUAUCCUGUACAAUCCGUUACAUACGCAGGUUUGGAUCCUUCUGAUCGGAGGUGGGAUAAUUCAUACCUGGAAGGUAGCGUGACAAAAUACGUCAAAAAUGCUCGAAUGUUUGCAUUUGUCGCACGUAAGAUAGGCUCCAGAACGGAUAAUACAUGCCAUAUUUUUGCGGAAUUAGAACCGGAACAACCGGCUACAGCUGUUGUAAACUUUAUCACUAAAGUUAUGAUGGGACGCAGAUAA